CGCGACCCAUAGAGCCCAUUUUGUGGUAGCCUUUUCCUACACCACAAAGGGAUCCUUCGGCAGCAAUCAAGCAGCGAACGCGGAAAGAUCAUACCGGCCACAGGAUGAAGUUUUUACUGGCAACGGCUGUGAUAUGCGGUGUGCUAGCCCUCUCGAUGGGCAUCCCAGUGCCUGCGGCGAACCCAGAGCCUGCACCUGAACCGGCGGCACAGCCAAAGACAGACAUCGAGCUGAUGAAGAUCCCUCUCGACGGUGACAAGGAACUAGACGUCAUCACCCUAGUCAACUCGGAAGACCAAAAGAUCAACGAACGUAACAAGCGCACGAUCGGCAUCCUGCGGGAGCUUUUCCCCACGAUCUCUCAGAUUCUGGACCAGAAAAUCCAGAUGAUCACGUCCUACCUGUUCCGCACGAUCGGUCCGAUCCUGUUGCGCAGCGGGCUUGGCCUAAGUGGAGGCGGCGCCGGAGGUACCAACUCCAACCGCGGUUCCAGCUCCGACGACGACGAUGACUUCGAUUUCGAUGACGACGACAGCGACGACAGCGCCAAGGACGGCAAACCGAAAGUGAGCAUCUCGCUGCCGACCUUCCCACCGUCUGACGAUGAUGAAGACACCGGCAAGGGCUCCGACUCCACCACCUCCGAGCCUUCAUUGCGACUUGGUGAAGAUGAAGACCGGAACGAGGUCCGGAAGCGUGCCACAGCCUCGACCACGGCCACGGAAGCCGCCAACGAGCGGAUCGACCUGUUGGCCAUCGGUCAGCCAGAUCCUGUCACGACCACAACGUCACCCGUGACCAGCGCCACCGACACCAACCUGAUCACCACGAACGAGAACGCGAACACUCUCGAGACACUCGACCUGGCCGGCCUGAGCGAUACCCUGAACGCGAUCCGAGUAGCCCGAGCCACCAGCGAUGAGAAGGCCGCCUCCUCUAACGACCAGAACACGGCCGAAUCGUCUGCCAACAGCUCUAGCCUGGAUGAGCUGACGCUCGACUCCGAGGGUAACGAUGAAGAUCGCAACAAGAGAUUCCUGUCCUUCGGAGGCAGCAGCGGCGGCGGCGGUUCCGGCAACUUCCUGUUCGACAUCAUUCGCCUCGUGUCGGGCAGCUCGGGCACGGAGCAGAGCGAUGAGAAGGCCCACUCUCCCGAUGACCAUGAUCUCGGCAAGGGCGAUGGCUACACCGAGGGUAUUCCCGGACCGGUGACUCGUCUGUUCGUGCUGGCAAACCGCGGCCUCUCUAACCUCAUCCAGGAUCUGAUUCUGCCAAUGCUCCUGGACGCGAGCAGUCCCGCCGUGCCGGAGUUGCCAGCCCUGCCGGUUCCCGCUGACAUCCCAGCGGAGGUGUCGAAUGCCACCGCUCGGUUUGCGAACACGUUGACCGAGCUUUCGAACGACGUCGCCAACGGGACUCAGCUGGGAGCCGAGCUGCAGAAGGAGCUGGCAUUGCUCAAGAAGCUAGCCGUCCCAAUCGACAAGGGGUUGGCGUCGAGCCUUGGCGGCCUGAUGCCUACCAGCCUGGCGGAGAGCAAACCGAGCGAGCUGAAGCAAGAAAAGCAACCACCGCAGGACGAGCCAGAGAAGUUUUCUCUGCCUUCGUUUUUUGGCUUCUAACACCUGCUGGAGUCAUUGCGUUGUGAAGGUGAAUGAACACGAUCCUGCUCACCACGGUACACACCUGCAUGAGGACUACCUCCAGAACAUACUCGCACUGCGCAAGAAACUACUGGCAACCGAAUCUGCGCAGAAAUUGGCGGAUUUGGCGAAAGAGGCUGAACACAUCACGACUAACACGAGACCGACAAACCGAGCGUUGUCUGUCGAUCGGACUAGGAGGGUUCUAUCGUUAUGGCUAGAGAUAUUUUAACAUUUUUUUUAUUAAAGGGAGCUUGUUACACUUUAAGCGUAGCAUGACGUGACGU